ACACACACAAGCUUCUCCGCUUCAACGGGGAAAAGAACAAUUAUUACCUCUCCAACUACUCCUUCCUUCCUUCCUCCUCGCGUCCCUCUCUCCCUCCAUUCCCUUUUCCGCCCUUUUUACUUGCCCUUUUUCCUCCUCCCCAGAUUCGCCCCGCACCGCACCGCCCUUGGCUCGCCCCGCCGCUCGUCCACCACCACGCAGGGAGAGAAUUUUGACGGCAGAGGCGUCGUCGUUGAUUAGGGCGAUUGGAUUAGUCGCGUCGCCGUUGAGACCCACGCGGGCCUCUUGUCCCGUAACCAACUACCUCCUUCCCCAUUGGCUGCCUUGGUUUGGGAUUGGGAGGCCAUUCGUUUCGUUGCGUUGCGGGAUACAAUAAUAGCAGCAGCAGCAGCGCCACCCCUCGGCAAAGCCAUCGGGGGCGCGCGCUUGUAGCCAUCGGAGGAGGAGGAGGGAGGGGAGGCGCGCGGCGCCGGGGGGCGGAUCGGCUGCGGGUGCAUGGUGGAGGCCGCCGCGGGGCGCCGGUCGGGGGCCAACCGUCGGCGGCCUAGCGGCGGGGGCGAGCGGCGGCGGCAGCAGCAGCAGCACCAGCGCCUCGUCGCGGUCGCGGUGGCCGCGCGCGUCGUCAUGGUGGCGCCCGCGGCCACGCCCGCGCCCGCGGCGGGGGGUGGCGGGGGCUGCGUCGAGGACAUCCUCGGGUGCCUCCUCGGCGUGCUGCGCGCGCUCGGCGUCACGUGGGCGGCGGCGGCGAGGCCGCAGAGGCAGCAGCCGCGCCUGGCGGCGCAGACGCCGCGAGGGCCCGCGCCUGGGGCGGAUGGGCGCCGCGCCGCCGCCGAGCUGAGGGGGAUCCCCGGCCGGAUCGCGGGGAACGGGGCCUGCGCCGUCGCGUCGCUCUACACGCUGCAGGGGAAGAAAGGCGUCAACCAAGACGCCAUGAUCGUCUGGGAGAAUUUCUGUUCAAGAGAGGAUACCAUUUUUUGUGGUGUUUUUGAUGGCCAUGGACCAAACGGCCAUUUGGUUGCUAAGAGGGUGAGAGAUCUUCUGCCCAUUAAGCUUGGUGCGGAUUUGGGGACGGAUGAAGGACGACAGACAUCCACUAGCAGCAUCAAAAGCAAUGGAGAUGAAACAGGAUCCCCUGGAAACAUGGGCAGAGAUGCUGAGCAGAACGGAGAGUACCCAGAGAUCUUCACAGCAUUGAGAACUUCAUUUUUGAGGGCGUUCAAUGUCAUGGAUAGAGAUCUCAAGUUACAUAAAAGUAUAGAUUGUUUUUUCAGUGGAACAACAGCAGUGGCAGUGCUCAAGCAGGGACGGAAUCUUAUAAUUGGUAACCUCGGGGACUCGCGGGCCAUCUUAGGCACAAGAGAUAAAGAUAAUCAGCUUAUGGCUGUCCAAUUGACAGUUGAUCUCAAACCUAACAUUCCAAGUGAAGCACAGCGAAUCAGGCAACGCAGGGGCAGGAUAUUUGCACUUCCUGAGGAGCCAGAGGUUGCUCGUGUUUGGCUUCCGAAGUACAACUCCCCUGGACUGGCCAUGGCUAGGGCAUUUGGAGACUUCUGUCUCAAGGAUUAUGGUCUAAUCUCUAUGCCUGAAGUCUCGUACCACCGUAUCACAGAAAAGGAUGAGUUUGUUGUAUUGGCUACUGAUGGGGUUUGGGAUGUGCUGUCAAACACUGAAGUUGUUAGUAUUGUCAACAGAGCUACUUCUCGGGCCUCUGCAGCACGAUUGCUAGUCGAAUCAGCUCACCGUGCCUGGCGUGCACGUUUCCCCACUUCUAAAAUUGAUGAUUGUGCUGUGGUCUGCCUAUUCCUGGAUACAGACGAAUUAAGUGAAACAUCCAGUUCUAUGGCCCGCGAUAUGACAAAUGCUGUAGAAGUUAGCAGUGGGCAGCACUCCAAUACUAUCCAAUUGAGCACUGGAGUAUCUUCAGAUGUUGUUACUGCAGUUCUAACAGAUGGUGAUGAUCUGUCUGCUGUUGAUGCAGUUGCAAAGCUGGUUACUCUCACGGAUUUGCCGAACAAUGCUUCAGGCGCAACGCAAAGCAUCACCACCAAGUGAGCCUUGUUUGUUCCCCGGGGAUUGAGCAUUUGUGGGACGAUCCUGCACAGUUGUGAUGAUGCGGGUCGCGCAUUCAGAAUUCUCUUGCCGAGACUGAUGCCUGUUUUUGUAAGAGCACAUCGGAAGUUGCAGCUUGCUAUUUUUCUCCAUGCAAGUGUGGAUAGGAUCUGCAGUUUUUUCGCCUUUUGUAAAGUACCAAAGUCAGUUUAGCGUCAUUUGUUGUAUUUCUUUUGCUAUAAUUUUGUUCUCGCUAUCGUUGGUAAAUCAUAGUAAAUCCCCUAUAGGCAGAAGAAGCCUUUUGAGUUUUCACCAUUUUAUUCUGUAAUAUUCAUUCGAUUUCUACCUCGCCUGGGGGACUCCCAGCCUAUGGCUGCCAUGUGAAUAUGUGAUCCAA